UGGGAAGAUGGCGGAGCUCGGCAAGAAGUACUGUGUGUACUGCCUGGCGGAGGUCAGCCCGCUGCGCUUCCGCUGCACCGAGUGUCAGGACAUCGAGCUGUGCCCCGAGUGCUUCUCGGCGGGCGCCGAGAUCGGCCACCACCGCCGAUACCACGGCUACCAGCUGGUGGACGGCGGCCGCUUCACGCUCUGGGGACCCGAAGCCGAGGGCGGCUGGACCAGCCGCGAGGAGCAGCUGCUGCUGGACGCCAUCGAGCAGUUCGGCUUCGGCAACUGGGAGGACAUGGCGGCGCACGUGGGCGCAUCGCGGACGCCGCAGGAGGUGAUGGAGCACUACGUGAGCAUGUACGUGCACGGCAACCUGGGCAAGGCCUGCAUCCCCGACACCAUCCCGAACCGCGUCACGGACCACACGUGCCCCGGCGGCGGCCCGCUCUCGCCCAGCCUGACCACGCCGCUGCCCCCGCUGGAGAUCUCGGCGGCCGAGCAGCAGCAGCUGGGCUACAUGCCGCUGCGCGACGACUACGAGGUGGAGUACGACCAGGAGGCCGAGGCGCUCAUCAGCGGGCUCUCGGUCAACUACGAUGACGAGGACGUGGAGAUCGAGCUCAAGCGCGCGCACGUGGACAUGUACGUGCGCAAGCUGCGCGAGAGGCAGCGGCGCAAGAACAUCGCGCGAGACUACAACCUGGUGCCCGCCUUCCUGGGCAAGGACCGCAAGGACAGGGAGCGCGCCGCGCGGCGCAAGGUGGCCAAGGAGGAGAGGGAGCUGCGGCUGCGCCUGCGCCCGCUGUGCCAGUUCCUGCCGUGCCGGGAGCUGGACGAGCUCUUCGAGAGCAUGCACAAGGAGAAGGCGCUGCGCGCCAAGAUCCGCGAGCUGCAGCGCUACCGCCGCAACGGCAUCACCAAGAUGGAGGAGUCGGCGGAGUAUGAGGCGGCGCGGCACAAGCGCGAGAAGCGCAAGGAGAGCAAGGGCCUGGCCGCCUGGCGGCGGGGCCGGGAGGACGGCCGCGAGGGCGAGUUCGCGGCCAUCGAGCACCUGCCGGGCUUCGAGCUGCUCUCAGACCGCGAGAAGGUGCUGUGCAGCUCGCUGAGCCUGAGCCCUGCGCGCUACGUCACCGUCAAGACCAUUAUCAUCAAAGACCACCUGCAGAAGCGCCAGGGGGUGCCGGCCAAGAGCCGUCUCCCCAGCUACCUGGACAAGGUCCUGAAGAAGAGGAUUCUGAGCUUCCUCACCGAGAGCGGCUGGAUCUCCAGGGAUGCAGCCUGAGGCUGCCCCCCACCGUCUGGCUCAGGCCCUCUGAGAGCAAACCUCCGGCGCACAGGCGCGUGCUUUUAGCGGCCGGCUGCGAACGGAGCUGUGUGGGCAGGCGGCCGUGCUCCCGGUGGCCGCCCAGCAGCACAGACUGGCACGAGGCACUUUAGACGGGUGGGGCGGGGAGUCCAGAGAUCCUGUGAGGUUCUGGUGGGGCACAGCCACCCCGAGGGCACCCCCACGGCCAGCAGCAGCUGCAAGAGCUUGUCUUGUGCUGAGCCUGUGAUCCGCUCCGGGCGGGGAGGGCCUCCCUGCCUGCCCAUCCCCAGGCCUGCUGUUCCCAGACCUGUCCUCAGUGCCGCCCUGCCUCUGGGAGCCCCCCUCUAGGACUAGCUGACUCAGGGCUGCGCUGCGGGAUCUCCGUGGGGUACGUUCUGUGUGGUUGCCUCAGCCCAGCCAGACUUUGCCACCCUCUCUGGCCAUUGCCGCCCUAGGCCAGGAGGCGCUCCCCACGAGAACUCUGGUUGUGCCUGCCCAAGCACCUGCACCUGAGGUCACAUUAAAGUCAUUUGAGAGAAA